CGAAUGUCACAAUACAUAAGAAAAUAGGUGACAGACAUGUCUUCCAGUGCAAGGCGUUGGGUCUUCCCGUUCCCAAAAUUAUAUGGAUUUUGCCAAACGGCGAUGUAUUGAACGACACGUCAAAUCAGAUCCAUAUUCAGCUGAAAACACCGGGAAGUCUGCGAAUGUUUCACUUAAAGCCAAAGGACUCCGGAAUUUACAAAUGUAUGGCUGAGAACAGACACGGAAUCGCGUUGUCGUCGAUGGAAAUGCUGGUC